AUGACGACUGGGCAUAAAGAUCAUUUGAAGCGUUUGGCAGCACCUAAGUCAUGGAUGCUGGGAAAGCUUGGAGGAACGUUUGCACUGAAGCCAGCGAGUGGGCCACACAGUGCGAAGAUGUGCAUACCUCUUGGAUAUCUGGUGUCUAGGUUUCUGAAGUAUGCAGGCAACAGGAAGGAGUUAAAGAUUAUUUUGGAGGGUAACAAUGUGAAGGUGAACGGAAGAGCCAGGACAGAUCCGCACUUUCCUGUUGGGUUGUUUGAUGUGCUUUCUAUUGACAAGACUGGUGAGCACUUCCGUGUGUUUUACACUGUGUCUAAGAAGUUCCAUCUGCACAAGAUAGCAUCAAGUGAAGCAGAGUACCGACUGGCAAAGGUGGUCAAGAAGUACUCGCACUUAAAUGUGCCAUAUGUUGUGUCAAGCUGUGGAUUGAACAUCAGGUUCUGCGACCCUGCAAUACGGAUUGGAGACACAAUCAGAAUUGAUAGCGGAAGUGGGAAGGUUAGUGGAUACAUAACGCCUGGCGUAGAUAAGGUAGUGUAUGUGCUGAAUGGAAGGUCUAAGGGAUGUGUCGGAGUGGUUAAUACGAUUAACAAGCAUGCAGACAUCAUAAUAUACGGAAUGACCGACUUUGCAGGACAUUCAUUUUCAUGUGCAGACAAGAACUGUGUUUUUAUUGGGGAGUCACGUGAUAACAUCUGGAUGACGCUGCUGAAGGAGAAUGGAAUCAAGUACUCUGAGCUUGAGAAGAUCAACAUGAGGCUUGGCGAGAUGGUCGAUGCAGAAGUUGCUGAGAACGAAGAAUAA